AUGGCAUCUCAAUCACGUCUAACAUUUGCAUCUAUAUGGGCAUUUGAAGAUACUGCAGUUGAGGAGCUUGAGAGUAAAUUUAAGAAAACCGGCACUCACCUCGAUUGUCAUUGUGAAUAUUCAAAAACGGAUGAUGUCCUUCUUAUUAAAGGACCCUUAGAUGGGCCUGUCUCCAAAGUCGCCGAUAUACUGUCACGCUACAUUGAUGAACAGAAACAUAAGGAUCUACUAGAUGUACCACAAAUUCGUCAACUUGACAUACCUUCUGCCCUUCAGGAUGAUUCAAACCCUGUUUUGGAUGAGCACAAUGAGAGUCAGGAAGGGGACCUCUUGGCUUUAGAUGAAGACCCCAACGAAGAAUUAAUUCCUCACUCUAUUGACCGCGUCACAAAGCACUGGGUUUCAUCCGAUGGUGGCGUGGGUUGCUUUGCAGCCAACUUUCAUGACAUCCUUAGCAGCAUCGCAAUCAUGACGGGCACAGAGAUUGCCGUGGCGGAGGAUCUGAAAGGAAUCCAAGUUUCCGCCAAAAAUUCAAAUGACGUCGAUGAUGCUUUGGCGAAGAUUUCUCGGAUUGAGAAAUCUCUGUCGUCUAUUGACAAACCACAUGUGAGAAACAUGGUAAUUUCUGCAGACGACCAAACGACCCGCUUCUGUAUCCAGAAUUACAGCAGUCUGAACCCUGUGGCUAUGCGCCGCAUCCUAACAGACCCAACCUUGAACUCGAAUUCAAGUCUCGGUCAGAUGUUCGUCACCACCGCGCUUUCAUUUGACGAUGACGCACAGGCUUUUAAAUUGCCACAGAACCUGGUUACCCCUCCACGAGUAGAGGAGGAACCUGGAAAGUCUCGAAUUUGGAAAGACUUCACCUUCCAAGCUAUAGGGGCGGGUGACCGGUUCCUCAGAAUGGAGUCGGUGGUUGAAAAAGCUCACUCAGAUCCUGCAGUAGCUCUCAUGGGGGACUCAGUUCCUCACAGAUACUUAUCUGCUGAAAAGGUGAAGCAAGUUGAUCAAUGGGUGGCUGAAAAUAAAAUAGUCCAAACUGAGCAAGAGUGGGAACCCAACUUGGCAUCACAACCGGAACCUCCGAGCGAAUCAAUUAUAAGACCUCCCGGUAUCAAAUCAAGAAGAGCCGUGACAUCAAACCCCAAGGGAUCUAUACCAUCCUCUAAUUCCCCACCUACCAGGUCAGAGCCAGCCAAAGGCCCCGCGGACGAUACUACCUCAAGCCCGCGCAAAAAAUGGAAAAUGACAUAUGAGAUUGAAAGCGGAAGUAAGAAUUCGCAGUCAGCCGAGCCCAUAACUGGGGCCGGAAAGCAAGAUAGAGAUGUCCUGUGCGGGAUUGCUUUCGUCCCGGCCAAUAUUAGCCCUCCCGAGAACAGAUCAAGGCUUCCGUCGAAUUUCGACGUGACCAAGUACGGAGCAAACAAGUAUGGAGCCAACAAACUCUCUCACUCUAUGAUGAAGACAAUGUGGGAGCACCCCAAACCCCACAGAGUAAACGAGAAUAUCUGCCCUGGACCAGGGAGAAAGCCACGUAAGGAGAGUCAGCUUGUGGACGUUUUUGCACCAGCAUACACUACCAAUAUUGGUCCACCCCCUCUGUCUUUCGAUCAACCUGCCUUGAUUCCCGAGAAGCUGCUAGUGGAUGGUGAGUCUAAAUGCAACAGUAACAAUAUGCCCAUCCCGCACGGGAUAGGCAAUAUGCAUGACCUGGCUGGCCUCGACUUCGACUCCAAUGUUUCUUUUGCUGAAGAUGAGUUCUUAGAGCAAGAGAAGAGGCUCUCUCGACUGCAGAAAAUAUAUGAGGUGCAAAAGGAGGACGUAGGCUGUGUUAAUAUAGCCAAUACAGCUACUACAUACAGGCCUGUAUCGCGGCGUCAUGUGAAUAGAGUGCUGGCGCAAGAAAGACUCACGGAGCUAGAGAAGUGCCAUAGAUUAGAGGCGAGUCAGUCUUCUGACGAAGUAGGCAGCAGAAAGUUCUACCUCACCAUGAAUCAAAGGGCACCUAAAUCUACAGGUAAGUCAAUGAGUAAGUCUGAAAUUAACGUCAAAAGACAAGCUACUCUUGAAGAUGCGUGGGGAAUUCCAAAGCAGCCGGUGAAACAGGUAGCUUCUGGUGAUUCCAGGAAUGAGAGGUCCUUUGAGAAGAGGGAAAUGGGGCAAACGAUGUCAGAGGGAAGGCCAAACAAGCAGCAGUUACAGAAUGCCAAGGCAGAAUUACAUACCAACGAGGAGAUCAAACAUCUUUUCGAAGCUCUGAAGCAAACACUGGAAGCUGCAGAAUACUUCCCGGGCCCAUUAUCCCUGGAGGUUCAGUUCGGUCUUGUUUUAAUUCCCCUUUUACCCAAAACCUACAAAGAAGGACUGAUCUCUGCUGGUGAAUGGACAAGAAUCUUCCAGCCACGGACUGGCAUUGUCGCUCCCACAACAAAAUUUACUAAUAGACUCACAACGUCAGGUUCUGAUGUUGACUAUAUCGUGGGCCUAAAAGAAUCAAAAGCCCAGGGAAGGCGUCAAGCGUUCGAGCAGGGCGACAACGAAUACUGCGUUUUUUAUGAGUACCAUUGUCGGUCCAAGUCGGGGCAGUUACUUAUCAUCACCAUGAACGAACAAGGGAGUCAUUCGAUCAGAAGGCCAACCACGGCGCUGGGAGGGGUCAAUCUACAUUUUCCCAGUCAUACAUGGGAUGCAAACAUAAGUGUGAACGGCGCUGCUGGGUAUAAUAUGGGAAGCAACCCAGAGUUUGAAAAAGCAGCCCAGUAUCUGGUCGACCAUAUCUGGAUCCCACCAGACAAGCAACUAAUUCAGAUUUUCUCUCAAAUCCCACAGGGGAGCGAAUUAAGUAUUGAAAAAGUGUUCAUGAAACGCUGGACCCGUCAUCGCUAUAUUCGCCCAGACGAAACCUCCCCGAAAGAUGCCGCCAUAUCUGACUCGGCAUCUUCGACGCGUUUACGAGCCGGAUCUACGCAAGCUUCCGAGUUUACAGAAACUCAGAUGGCUCCAAGAGAGGUAACCUCAAGGGACCAUGAUAGCUUGAAUAGUGGGGUAGAAACUGGUGCUGAGAACCAGGAUAUAUUCCUACAAAUUACUGAAGUACAAGACUUAAUCAUUGGAACUGGUGUAUCAGACGCGCAGGCCGUGAAAGCUCGCUGCGCACCACUUCUAGAUAUGCUCAAAAACGGACGGCAGUGGUACGAAGUUUCUCUCGUCAGUCCUGCCAUUGAGACUAUCUUAAAGGCAAACGCCAACCUUGAACUCGGAGAACGUACAGAUGAUUGGCGGAGCACUGACCUUUUCGGAAAAGACGCUCUUCUUUGCAACGACUCCAGUGAGGAUUCUCGAGCAAAAGCCUCACCAGGCCCUGUUGCAGUUGCCAUUGGCGAUACAGGUAUCGGGGAUCUCUUCCGCCUGGCCAAAAUGGUUAUCGAAAAAAUUGAUGGUGUCGGAUUUUGGAACUUCAAUCCCAUCGCUGAAGCUGUGCGUAUGGCUCCCGUUGGCUCGUUGGACGCUCCUCCAGGCAUGCUCAGCGUCCCUGCGACGUCACUCCCAGUCGCUAAUACGAAAGUCGAGCCAAAGAGUUUUAACCACGACGAGCUAGAGAGUAUUAAGGAAGUAGGGAGCGCGACAGUGGAUGUCAGCAAAAAGUCCUCUUCCACGCCUUCCGCCAAACUUAUGGAACAGAUUGAGGAGGAAUACUGGUAA